AUGCCCAAGAAGCUAGUCCUCUGUUUCGACGGCACGGGCAACACAUUCACAGGCUCCAACUCUGACACGAAUGUGGUGAAAUUGUUAAGCAAACUUGAUCGAAAUGAUCCUCACCAGUACCAUUAUUAUCAAACUGGCAUUGGAACAUACGAUAUCAACGAUGAAUCUGUGAACAAAAGCAUUUUUGGCCAGAUUAAGAGUUACAUUUCCCAGACAAUUGAUCAAGGAGUUGGCACUACCUUCGAUAGCCAUGUCAUGGCUGGUUAUCGUUUUCUGAUGCGCUACUACGACUCUGGUGAUAAGAUCUAUAUGUUCGGAUUCAGCCGCGGUGCAUUCACUGCUAAAUUCUUAGCGCGCAUGGUCAACACCGUGGGACUCCUUUGCAAAGGCCAAGAAGAAAUGGUUCCCUUCGCGUACCGCCUGUACCAGCGCUACCUGGCUGGUGAAGUCGAGGACUUCAAUGUGGCGCAUCCCAAAAAGUCUAAGAAGAAAAGGCAUGAGAACAAUGGAGACGCAGCUCAUAGCACUGCGCCGACAUCGCGACCGGAUGAUGACGCCGUACCUCUUCACGACGGCCACGAAGAUGGUGCAUGUGAUGACGCAGCUAGACAUGGUCACAGGUUUGAGGUCGCUCGCGACGAGAUCGAAGCUUUCAGCGAUACAUUCUGCCGCAAGGAGAAGGUGAUUCACUGCGGGAAGAUGGAGGAGACCAAUAUUAAGGUCUUCUUCCUCGGCAUCUGGGACUGUGUAAACUCCGUUGCCGUCUUGGAACGGACUGCACCAGUACCAGUGCCGGUCGUCGGCACAGCACACCACGUUCGCCAUGCCGUGGCUAUAGACGAGCGCCGUGUCAAAUUCAAGGCUGCUCUUCUUGCCCAAGACAAGGAAAAGGCCGACGAUAACCAUGAGGACAUCAAGGAGGUCUGGUUUCCCGGUGCCCACGGUGAUGUUGGUGGCGGAUGGCCUGCCUCCAAAGACAACCCAUUCGACAAUGGUGAAGAGAUGACGUUCUGGCAACGCGUCAAGCACUUCUGGACGACGCGAAAGAACAAAGAACCCGGCAAGGCUCUGGGUGCCGAUCGUCUCCAAUUGAGUGACGUCCCGCUUGCUUGGAUGAUCCGCGAGGUUGAGCUUGUUGGAGAGCAAAACCCUUCCGCCGCGGUCAAGUGGCGCAACAACUUGCAUGCAUUCAAGGACCGAUUCGCAAAGAAGAAAAAGCAUGCGAUGAAAGGUGCUAUUCACGACUCGCUCGCGUUGGGCUGCGGUACAAGCUUUCUCAGAGUACUUCUGUGGAAGCUCAUGGAAUGGCUCCCUUUUAUUACCCGCUGGGAGCUUGAAAUACAUGGAUGGGAGAACGUCCGCUUUCCACUCAACAAAGGCAGCACCCGCGACAUCCCAAAAGAGGCAGUGCUUCACGAAUCUCUCCUCUGGCGCCUGAAGCAUGACGACAAUUACUGCCCUAGAAACAACCAAGGCGGUCGCCAACUACCUUGCUUGAAGCACAACCAUAAUAUUGCCGAAUGCGACCCGGUCGACAAAAAUGAACAUACCGAAGAUUGCGAUCACAAAACCUUCAAGAUCACAAGAUCUGCAUCUGAUAUCAGAACUAUGACUUAG